GACAGGCGCCCCGCUCCACCGCCGCCACAGCCGCCGCCACCUCCACCGCCUCCUUUUCUUCCUCGUCCCGGGCCGUCCGCCACUGCUCUGGGGUCGGCACUGCGCCCAGUCCCGCUCCGGGCGGUGCGCCCACCGCUCCCCGCUCCGGGCCGGGGCGCCGCGGGCUCCCGCCGCCGCCCCCGCCGCCACCGCUUCCCCGGCCGCUCUCCUCGCGGGCAGGAAUCGCGCGGCCACCGAGCCGCCCGCAUCCGCGCCACCCGCUACCGCUCGGCCCUCAGCGCCGCUCUGGGUUCCGGCGGCGGCUGCCCGGAGAGUCCGCGCGGCCGGGGCGCAGCCCACUCCGCACUCCCCCUGGGCCCCCGCCAGCGCCGCCUGGCCCCGGCCGGCCCGCCCGCCUCUCCCCUCCCCGGGGUCUCGCCGGUCCCUUCCUGCGGUCGCGGCCGUCGCCGCCGCGGCCGCCUCUGGAGAAGCGAGUCCACCGCAGGUCACCAUGCCCAGCAAAACCAAGUACAACCUAGUGGACGAUGGGCACGACCUGCGGAUCCCUUUGCACAACGAGGACGCCUUCCAGCACGGCAUCUGCUUUGAGGCCAAGUAUGUUGGAAGCCUGGAUGUGCCAAGACCUAACAGCAGGGUAGAGAUUGUUGCUGCCAUGCGCCGGAUACGGUAUGAGUUUAAAGCCAAGAAUAUCAAGAAGAAAAAAGUGAGCAUUAUGGUUUCAGUGGAUGGAGUGAAAGUGAUUCUGAAGAAAAAGAAAAAGCUUCUUUUAUUGCAGAAAAAGGAGUGGACGUGGGAUGAGAGCAAGAUGCUGGUGAUGCAGGACCCUAUUUACAGGAUCUUCUAUGUCUCUCAUGAUUCCCAGGACUUGAAGAUCUUCAGCUAUAUCGCUCGAGAUGGUGCCAGCAACAUUUUCAGGUGCAAUGUCUUCAAAUCCAAAAAGAAGAGCCAAGCUAUGCGAAUUGUCCGGACCGUGGGGCAAGCUUUCGAGGUCUGCCACAAACUGAGCCUCCAACAUACACAGCAAAAUGCAGAUGGCCAGGAAGAUGGGGAGAGUGAGAGGAAUAGUGAUGGCUCAGGGGACCCAGGGCGCCAACUCACUGGAGCUGAGAGGGCCUCCACAACCACCGCUGAGGAGACUGACAUUGAUGCGGUGGAGGUUCCACUGCCAGGGAAUGAUGUCCUGGAAUUCAGCCGAGGUGUGACCGACCUGGAUGCUGUGGGGAAAGAAGGAGGCUCCCACACAGACUCCAAGGUCUCACCCCACCCUCAGGAGCCCAUGCUGACAGCUUCACCCCGCAUGCUGCUUCCCUCUUCUUCCUCAAAGCCACCAGGCUUGGGCACAGGAACACCGCUGUCCACCCACCACCAGAUGCAGCUCCUCCAGCAGCUCCUCCAGCAGCAGCAACAGCAGACGCAAGUGGCUGUGGCCCAGGUCCACUUGCUGAAGGAUCAGUUGGCUGCUGAGGCUGCUGCACGGCUGGAGGCCCAGGCUCGUGUGCACCAGCUCCUGCUGCAGAAUAAGGACAUGCUACAACACAUCUCUCUGCUGGUCAAGCAGGUGCAGGAGCUGGAGCUGAAGCUGUCAGGACAGAACUCCAUGGGCUCCCAGGACAGCUUGCUGGAGAUCACCUUCCGCUCUGGAGCCCUGCCUGUACUCUGUGACCCCACGACUCCUAAGCCAGAGGACCUGCACUUGCCACCACCAGGCGCGGGCUUGGCUGACUUUGCCCACCCAGUGGGCAGCCCCUUAGUGGACCACAGCAUGUUUGAGAAUUUGAACACAGCUCUUACUCCGAAGCUGCAGUCCAGCCGUUCCUUCCCACACUUGUCCAGGCCUCCAGCUCCCAGUUCUGCCCCCUUGGGUUCUGCAGAGUCUGGAGGGCCGGGACUGAGGGUCGGCAGCAGCCAGCACCUCAAGAACCUGGGCAAAGCCAUGGGGGCCAAAGUCAAUGAUCUCUUGCGAAGAAAAGAACCUUCAAGCCUUGGUAGCGUUGGGGUGAUGGAGAUCAACAAGACAGCAGAGGCCCAGCUGGCUGCUGUGGCUGAUGUAGCAUCAGGGCCCUUCCUGGAAGAUGAAAAGUCAGUCCCAGAAACAUUCCCUCGGCUGGAUCCACCACCUCCCAUAACCAGAAAGCGGACCCCACGUGCCCUGAAGACCACCCAGGACAUGCUGAUUUCACCACAGCCUGUCCUGAGCAGUCUAGAGUAUGGGACAGAGCUGCCAUCUGGGCAGCCCCAGGACUCCCCUCCCACUGCCCAGCCUGUCUCAGUGGAAGACAUUUCACAGCCAGACACUACCAUGGAACUGGGUGAUAGGGACAAUGAUCUGCCUAAUGGUGAGGUCUCCAGGUCAGUCCCUGACCUGAUAAACAAGGACAGCCAGGAUGAAUCCACAAUCAAGGCAGCUGAGCACAGAAGAGCCGCCUCUUCUGGCCUCAUUGAGAGGAAUGGCCUCAAACUCAGUUUGAGCCCCAUGAGCCUGGCUGAGUCCUGGGAAGACUACAGUCCCACUUCUCGGUCACGAACCUCCAGCCUUGACAAUGAGGGCCCUCACCCAGACCUUCUCUCCUUUGAGUAGAGCCUCUUGUCUUCCCUGCUGAACAUCCUCUUCCCUUUUCAUUCCCCUCCACUGCACACACAAGCCCUUGCCCCUGCUCCAUGCACCUUUUGUCUUCCUUGUACAAGAAACCAGCUGAGAGCCCACUUUCCAUUCCAGGUGUUUCAGAUCCAGAAGUAUCUGAAUAGUCCUAGCUAGAAAGUCUGUCUGAAGAAUGGUAAAAAAAAAAAAAAAAAAAAAGACAGGGAUGCCAUCUCUGGAAGCUCCUCAGUAUUGACUGCAGCCUUUGGCUACUGGAGCUCAACUGAAGGCCCACCUACCCAGAACGGUGGCUUGGGUAGGAACUCUGUGCCCAUGUCCCCUAGGCUAUGUAUUCUUCUUCCCCAUGUCUGGGUUCCUUGUCUCUCCUCCAUAUUGAAACAGAGGCUCUCUGCGUCAGGGGAAGUCUGGGCAAGGAAUGAUGCGCUUGGCUUGAUGAUGGGGCCUGGCCUGGAAAGCUACACGCCUUUACCACAGCUCAGCCAUGCUCCUCCUGGCCCCAAGAGAGCACAGGAUCCUGGUUGCCAUCUUUCCUCUGUCAUUGGAGUAAGGCCAGAAGAGGUCCUUACCAAACCUGAGGCCUUAAGGGCUUCACCGAGGUGCAAAUCCUGUUACCAGAAUUCUCAAGGUUUUCCUCAUCCAAUUAGAGGUUCCCCAUCUGGAAGAAGCACUGGGGAAGAUGAUGUGACAAGCUAUGCCCAGCUUGCUGUGUGGUGUGUGUGUGUGUGUGGAGUGCAUGAGUGUGCAUAUGAGACCAUAGCUAGGCAGAGGCAGCAGAGUAUAUUCUGAUGUUGCUUUGCUAUUGUUCUGAGAGGAGAACCCAGGAAGGUUUGUGUGUGGUCUUGCAAGAGUCAGGAAUAGAGGUCAUGGAAAAGGAAGUAGAGUCGGGACAGUGCAGUGUGUCAUUAGGGAUGAGAAAAGCUCCUCAGGGCCACCCCGAAGCCAGGAAUGAAGCACGUGAGAGACUGGAAUGAGAUGAGAAUUGUGGAGGCAAAGCACUUUUCAUUACGUGGCAGGUGCUUUGUGCUUGUGCUGGAAGUUGCCUGAGUUUCCUGCAGUGCUGGGGCCCCCUGGAGAGGCCUCCAGCCUGCUUCUUCCUUGUGGACAUCCCAGUGCUGCUCCACUGCUUUCUGCCGUCAUGAUCUGUGUCAGGGUCCAACAAGGUUCACCUUACCUUAACUGGUUCCUGCCCUCCUGAGUUAACCUGCUUUUCUGUUCCCACCAGGAGGCCUAUUGUCUUGUCUUCCGGUGGCCAGGAUACCCUGUGGUGGUCCCCACUAAGGGUAGUUGGUAGUUGGGGUGGGGGGGGCUGCAAGAAGACUAUCCCUUUUCUUAAACAAAGGAUCUAUAGCUGCUGUCUUCUUGAUGUGAUACCUGUAGCUUUCCCUUUUCUGCUCAUUAUUUGGCUUCCCAUGAGCUCUGGGACACCCCCCCCCCAAGGACUCACCCCCAGUUCAGCACAACUAAGCCCACUGUGACAUAAACCAUUUAUGCUAAUUCCUCCAAAACUGAAGAUUCCCUCAGAUGUGGAUGCUGUUUUGCAUUCUUGCUUGGGCAGUAGUUCAGCCUUGUCUCUGCCCUCCCACCCCUUCUCUAUGAUGCUGUCUUCCAUUGCCCCAAAAGCAAAGGUUGGCUAGCUACCUCAUACUAAGUCCUGUCUCUUCUCCUCAGAUAAGGGUUCGUUCAGACAGGCCCUGGUGGAGUGAGCAGAGCUAUAACCCCAUGUGUAGGUCCUGCCUUCCUCCAAGAACAUCCCGAGGAUAAUUGCUGUCUGACCCUGAGUUUGGAGAGGAGCAUUUGAUGUCCUGUGAAUUCUUCCAGUGAUGUGGGACAUUACCCCCAAACAAAGCUAAGCCUGUAGGGGUAGAGACUCUCAGCACUGUCUGAGUACAAGCUCUCCACACCAGAAGGCCCAUUUACUUCUUUGACAGGAUCAGAAACUCAGCAGGUGCCUGCAGUCUGGGGGCUGCUGGUCCCCAAAGACCAGGCAACACAGUAGCCAUAGCACAGAUGGUGCUAGGCUUGCUUAAAGUACCCAGGCUGCUGUUAGAAUUCGGGCCUUCGGAGGCAAGAUUAGCCAAGGGAUUUCACCUGGUUGGCAUACAACUACUGCUAGGUGAAGAACUACUAGAACUGAAGAACUACUAGAGUUCUUCAGAAUCAUGUCUGACACUAAAUAGGGACCAUAGAGUUCUGUACCAACUUCUAGCUGCUAUGUCUCAGUCAUCUCCUUCCUGUGGGUAUGAUACUACCACCUUGGGAGACCAGCCAGCACUGAAUCCUAAGAUGCUAAAGAUAGAGUGCCUGGUACCAGGGACAAAGUACUUCCCUGGGUCCUGCAGGAAUGGCUACUGAUGACUUCAGCUCAGACCCCUCUCCCCUCAGAAGCCCUACUUGCUUUCCUGUGUACCUCCAUAGUCUGAUUGUAGCAUCAGCUAGGAGGACCCUAUGAAUCCAUCUUGCUGAGCCUAGCUUCUUUGGCACCGUGGCCUUCAGGUAUCCCAGUUCAUGUAAGGAUAGAGAAAUGAAAAAUGAAGCGCCUUGAUUUCUCUGCUUCAUUGUCUUUGAACAGGGCCAACUUAAAGAAGUUGGGCCCAUGGAAUCUUAUCUCUGUGUUUCUCCUCAACUCUGCUCUAGGCAUGUAGCCAUAGCUUUAUUCUGAUAGGUUACCAGGUGAACUUCCAGAAUCUGACAGGAAGAUGAUGGCCCCUGUGCAGAGAGAACCGAAUCUGUGAAUGCUGUGCCUGGGUGACGGGUGACAGGAAGUCACGCAUUUGUAAUCCAUCAGUUUCUAAAGAACACAUUUGGACCCAGUUUGGAAAAGGAAGAAGAUUUCAGAUCUAUUCUGAGUAUGUUUUAGAGAGUUCAUAUUUAUAUUUUUAGAGAUGUUCUGGUAGAAGGAAAUUGCAUAAUAAAAUGAUUCGGUUGCA